AUGAGUCUAACUUUACUUAAUAAGAAAUAUUAAGCAUUGAUGCUUCGAGAAAAAUAAAUAGAAGAUCAUUUUGAUCCUGUUAUUAGACAUAAGAAAUAACAUCAUAAUAUUGAAGAUCUUCGCUAAGAUUAUUAAGAAGAUUUAGAGAACUAUGGUAUUUAUUAUAUUUAUAUAAAUUCACAGGAUUUUCAAAAUAAACUUUCAAGGCAAAAAAAGAACAAGAAUUAGAUAACUUACAAAUCACUCCUGAAAAAUCUCAAAGACCAAUGACUGCUUUUAUAUCACCUACAUAAAAUUCUGCUUAAAGAUAAAGACCUAUUACUGCUCCAGGUCUCAAUUCAUAAAACAAAUAAAUGAUGAAAAUUGAUGAAAAUGAAGAAAUGAUUCAAUUGCCAUAUCAUUCAGAAACUAAAUAUUGGAGAAAUACUAAAAAAUAUGAUAAAAGUUAUAAUCAUUUAUUAAUUUAUAGCCAAUUAAAAUGUUGUUAGAAAUCAUUCAGCUCUCAAAAAAGUCUCUUUAGGAGGGGAUUGUGAAAAUUAUAACAUUGAAGAAUAAUAAAUCAAAAAUUAUAAUAUGAUUGAAAAAUAAAUCAUCAAAAAUAGAUUACUCUCACCAACUUAUGUAUCUUAAAGACAUUAAAUCAAUGAUAGAGAUGUCUAAUAAUUAACUGAAGGUUUUUAUCAACAUGUUUCUCUAAUCAAAGGAACUUCUCUUAUAUAAAAAAAUAAAUAAUAACCUGGUUUCUAAUUGUAUGAUAACCUACUUGAUUUAAUGAAGCUUAUUAGUUAAGAGAAUUCUAAUAAAAAUCCUGUUAUUACAAAAACAUCCUCUUAAGGAUUCAGACCUCAAACUGGUGUUAGUAGACAAAUGAAAACCAAUUAAAGAACAAGACCUUUUAGUAGUAAACUCCAAUCCUUAGGAGUUAGACCAUUUUAAUAAUGA